AUGUUUCUCCGUAGAGCUGUGAUUGCUUUUGGUGGCUCUGCUUUUGCAGUUUUUGCUUCUGUGGCUGUGGGAAAGAGUGAUGAUUCUGGUUUUCUAUGUCCACCCAUAAUCCCUGGGCGCUGGGAUUGGAACUGGGAUUGCCGUGAACCAAUGUCUCUAAUAAACUUGAAACAUCUGGAAGGAUGUACAGAGAAGGAGCGUGAGUGUAAGCUGCAGGAAUGCAAGUCUACUGCUGUCCGGCACAUCUUCCUGAUCCGACAUGGAAAGUACGACCAUGCUGAUUCUGAGUCUGAAAGGAGACUGACUGCCACAGGACGUGAACAGGCCAGCCUAACAGGACAGCGUCUGGCACUUCUUGCAAGUGAAGGGAAUAACUUUAGCUGCAUUAUUUAUUCGUCAUUGACCAGAUCCACAGAAACUGCUGAUAUCAUCAGUAAGAAUUUACCAGAUAUUAAAAUGUGCAGCUCUAGUCUGCUUCAUGAAGGACCUCCAAUCCGACCAGUUCCUGCGGAAUCCAAGUGGAUACCAGAUCUUUCUUAUUUUAAAGAUGGCCCACGCAUUGAGGCUGCAUUCAGGAAGUACAUCCACCGUGCAGAUCCAGAACAAACAAAAGACAGUUAUGAAAUAAUAGUCUGCCAUGAUAAUGUGAUCCGCUACUUUGUAUGCAGGGCACUACAACUCCCACCGGAAGCUUGGCUCCGACUGUCUCUCUAUCAUGGUAGUAUUACAAAGCUGGUGAUAAAACCUGAUGGUGAUGUGUCACUGAAGAUGCUUGGUGAUGCUGGCUUUAUGCCCCCGGGGAAACUCACGGGAGCUUAGCUCUGAGCUGGAUGUACUCCUAGAGACCUCUGUGUUGGACACACAAGUUACCAUGACUCCCUUACCUUUCUGUCUAAUAGACACUCUCCAGUUGAAGCAGUCUUUCAAUGCAUAUAUUGCACACAGCAUGGGUGGACCAAUUGAUAGUAUAAUUUUUUUUGCACUAAGAUAAAGGUUCUGGUUUCUGAAUAUGCAGCACCAUGUUCUGAGUUACAAUGCCUUGUGUUCACCAAAUGGCUUUACAACUCAAGCUUGGCACCUCCUAUUACUCACCUGUACGACAUUGCAGACCCUGUAGCUAUAGCUUGUCUGCCUAGUCCAAAUGGCUUCUUGCAAAACAAAGUACAGUUGAAAGAAGUUACCUGGCUUGGUUAGUGUAAAUACUGUAUCUUAAAUAUAAGGGGCAGUUAUAAUAAAACAAUGUAACAACCCAUUUGUAUGCAUGUUGA